CUUCCAGGUUUCGGCAGUCUGCAACCCAAAAAAUGCAACCUGAAGCGGACGCAACAUGAAGUAUGACUGUACAUUGUUCAGUUACCGGUUUGUUUGUGAGCAAAACUCAAAAGUGUUGGUUACUCUACAAAUGCCAUUAAAAAUUGUUUGGGAUCUGAAGGGCCAUCUGCCUCCUGAGCCCACCCACCCACUGCAGUUGCCCUCAGAUGCUCUGCUUCUUGUCCCAACUCUGACUGGCUGGCACAUGAGGCAAGGACUUUUCGGUUGUGGCACCUAGUUUGUGGAACUCCUCGCCAAAAAGGCCCUGUUGGCCCCCCUCAUUCUUAGUCUCGACAUUUUUACAAAAGGGAAACAUUUUGUUCCACUGUGCCUUUUAAUACCAGGCUUUUGUUUUUGUAUAGGUGUUUUGUUUUGUUUAAUUUGCAGAUUGUCGUUUGUGUUAACUGAUGCUGUGAACUGCCCUGAUGCCCAUGUGAAGAACCGAAAGCUGGGGGAAGUAACUACUUUAAUAAAUAAAACAGUAUUUAUCAAUAUUUUGUUAUAAGAGACUGUUACAACUUAACUGGGGGGAAACCCAACAUCUAUAUACAGCAUGCUGCUGUAUAUACAUUUACUAGUGCAUAUUACAGUACUAUAGUCUCUCAAGUUGGUUUGUUAUAAUAUAUAAACUCUAUUUGGAAGUUUCCCUUGCACUUUGGGCAAACUUGGGAGGUGGAAGCAGGGCUGUGCUGAUGAGCCCCACCCGUGGGGCCCACAUGCAAAGUGCAAAGAAGUGCAAGGAGGCAGCCUUUGCCUGCAUGAACAAAGGGGGCUACACUAUCAGGAAUCCUAGUUGUGCAGGAUUCCUGAUUGCAUGGAAGCCUGUGUGUAUGUUUGUGAAGGCUGCCUCCCUGCAUGUUUGCACUGUCCCUUCAGAUGCCAGCAACUUACCAACUUACUUACAGAGGCCAGGGCUGGCUGAUGGUUCCCCUCUCUCUUUCUCACGUUUGUCCAACUUCUGAAUAGGGCUAUGAACGGUUACAUUUCUGUAUCUGAAGCAUAGACACUGCCUGUAAUCACCCCGCCUGCUUGCAAUAAAUGGAGUGUGUGCAAUGACCAAUGGCCUUAUUUUGUAUUCUAUUUUCAUAAUAGAUAUUGGUUGCAUCCUCGGAUUUUUUUUACUCCCCCUGCCCCCUGCCACUUCUGCCACCAGGCAAAACUUCAUGAAGGCAGCAUCACAUGGAUGUGUAAGGAACCAUGAAAGAUCCAACAGCACAAGCAGAAUUUUGGAGAUUGCUUCCUGUUGCCUCGUGAUGUUUGAGGACGUGGCUGUAUAUUUCUCCCUGGCUGAGUGGGCGGAGCUAGCCAAAUGGCAGAAGGACCUCUACCGGGCUGUGAUGGUGGACAACUACGAAGCGGUCACCUCUCUGGGGCACCUGUCCAUCAAACCGGAGCUCAUCUGCAAAAUAGAGCGCAAAGAGGAGCCCUGGAUGGAGGAAUCCCUAGAACCCCUCAAAUGGAAGAGACCCUGGUUGGUCCUCAGGCUGAGUAACAACAUGAAGCAGAAUUCUCAUCGGGAAGUUUCCAGGGUGACGACACUGCAGAAUCCUGAGCCGCGAGAGACUUUGGAGAGCUGCUUGCCUCGUAGAUCGGUGAGGCGAAUAAAUGUGGAGAGAUUCGCCGAGUGCUGCCAAGGUUUUAAGACUUGGAAAGGACCCAGAGUCCAUCAGGACCAAGGGGGAAGUAGGAACGCACACGCCGUCUGCCGGCAGAACAGCCGGAAGCAUCCGAGACGCAAGGCAGACGAGAGCCAGAGCCUUUGGAAGUGCCCCGAUUGCGGGAAAGGGCUCUCCAGUCAAAACGCCUUCAAAAGGCACCAGAAAUUCCACACGGGCGAGAAGCCCUACCAAUGUCGAGAGUGUGGGAAAAGCUUCAUGGAGAGCAGCCACCUCACUCAGCACCAGAGGAUCCACACGGGGGAGAAACCCUACACAUGUUUGGACUGCGGGAAAAGGUUCACUCAGAUCUCACACUUCAUUCACCACCGGAGGAGCCACACGGGAGAGAAGCCCUACGGCUGCCCCGAGUGCGGGAAAAGCUUCAACUUCAAGUCGGCUCUGAUUCGCCACCACCGGAUUCACACGGGAGAGAAGCCGUACGAGUGCCCCUUGUGCAGGAAAAGAUUCAACGUCAGCUCCCACCUGGCUCGGCACCAGAGGAAGCACCUCAAAGAGGCAGCGCUCAAAGUCGUAGAGGGCUUCAGAGGAAACCCGGUCUUUCUCGGGCGCUGCGGAGCACCACGGCCGUACGGCUGCAUGAACUGCGAGAAAGGUUUUUUCCGGAGCGGAGACCUCGUGAGACACCAGAGGAUCCACACGGGAGAGAGACCCUAUCUGUGUAGCAAAUGCGGGAAGAGCUUCAGCUACAAAUCCAGCCGCCUGAGGCACGAGGCAGGACACAUACGAGGGGUUGCCCUGAAGUGCUAGAUUUCCUGAAGCCAAGAGGAGCUCUUCUCCAGCUUUGGUGAUGGGAUUCCCAAGAAUGCGACAUGCAGAGACUUUCCUGCAUACUAAUAACAAGCAAAGCGGCAAAGGAAUUCUGCAACUUCAACAUUUUCUGCAAUCAGAAUAAAUUCUGCAACCAAAAAAUGGAUAGUCUUUUUCCCGAAGUGCACUUAAUUUGCACACCUUGUUCUUUCUGCACAUGUUUGUUACUGAGAAUUUUUCUAGAGAAUUUGCCUCUAUAUCAAACUCCUUGUUUUGUUUUGCAUUGUUUUGGUAUGUUACAAAUUAAGCUUGGGGGAUGUACACAGGGUUGGAAAGGAGAUUGUGAUUCUCAUAACAGAUAUGAAGAACCCUGCCCUGCCUCCACCCGAUCCCAGCUGCAAAAAUAAAAAGAGGUGCAGUUAA